CUAAUCAUUCAAUUUUUUAAAAAACACAUUCAUUCAUUUAUCGUUUAUUUUUCACUUGCUGAGAUAAAUCUUUAUAACAGUUUAAGAAUUCAAUGCACCAUGGCAUGCGAUAAAUUGUUGUCGUUGAUUUGGUUGUUGGUAUUACUGGCAUGUUCCACAUCUGUUUUGGCUGGUGAAACAUUUUACAAUUUUGGUGACUUCUAUGCAGCUACAAUGAAAGUUCAUGAAAAUACCUGGUUCAGAGCUUCACCUGAAGAAAUAAUUCGUUCAACUCUCAUUGACUCUCAACCCAACUGCAUGCAUCUUUGUUUCAAAGAAACCUCUUGUCAGUCAUUCAAUAUUGUAAGUUCAGGACCACGCGAGUACUUCUGUACACUUACUACGAUUCAUUUUAUGGACCCAGGUGUCGAAAGAGUUAGUGCACAUGGCCACCGAAAUUUUUCGUUUCAGAAGCGGCGUUAAUAAAAAGGGAAAAAAUGUAUAGUAAAUAUAUUAUAUUAAUAUAUUAUUAAAAUGUAAUAUAGAUGCUUGUUUCUCGACGAGUUCAAAACAAAACUGAACCUGAUUAUGUAUGGUGAAAUCAAGUACUUGCCGGAGCUCAUCAUUUACAACUGAUAAGAAAUGUUUAGUGGGUUGAAAACAAAAAAGUAAUUUAGAAAUGGAUAACAAACUGAAGCCUUUUGUCAAUCGUAAAUGUACUGCCAUAAGCAAUCCAAUGAGGCCUUGUCCUUCCUGUUUUCAAAUUUUCAUUGUGCUUCUUCUCUGAUCUAACUUUCUAUAAUUUUUCCAGUUUUUUAAUCUGUGAAAAAAAAAUCACUGAAUUUUCUAUCAUCAAAGUUUUCCAACUAAAUAAAAAAAUGCAUAAUAAUUGAGUGACAAAAACAUGAAGCAGCCACCAUUUUUGCUGUUCACACAAAGAACUGGUAACUAACUUGUAAUACUAAUCGGUUUUUAUUGUUAUUUUAGACUCAAUGAGAAACAAGCCUUAAUAGAAACAGUAAUGUAUUGAGUUAACUCCAUUAAGAAACUUUUUGAACUUAUUUAAUUGUAGAGGAGAAAAUUAAAAAAUGCACUGUUUUUAUUUUUUCCAAAAAAAAAAGUUCCUUUUACUUCAUGUUAAAUUAUUGAAUUUUUGUACCACUGCUCCAUCAAUUUAAAAUUUGACUUCUUAGAUUGGGGACUUAAUCAAAGAUGGGCACUUAUUCAGGGAUGGGCAUUAUUUAAAUGCAUUAUGAUAAUCAUAAUACGACGCUAAAUGUAGAGAGUUUUUAAAGAGUUUUGUAUAUAUUCGUGAAUAUAAAACAGCCAUACAAAAUAUUAA